CUGCAGCCUGUAACAAACAGACAUGUCGUGAUCGCCUGUGAGGGAGACGAUGAGCAGCGCCAGUAAAAGAGAGAGGGAGCAGAGGAGGAAGCUGCAGCACUUCCUCAGUGACCUGGCUUUACUGGGGUCACUGCAGGGUUUUAAAUACUUCCAACCGUGGUUGAGGGGGAAAGAGGAGCUGCUGCUGACCAUCGUCAACGAGGAUCUGGGCUGGCGCUCCCCGGGCUUCGUGGUGUCCCGAGCCUCGUCUUUCUCCUCCACCAGCAGCUGCAACAGCAGCGACGUGUCCCCCAGCAGCAGCUCCCCCAGCCUGGCCAGCCGCGGCGGCUCCCCCCUGCCCGGGGACCCUCCGGGCCCACCGGACGCUCGGCCGCACGCUCACGCCAAGACGCAGCCGCAACAGGCCGCCAGUUCCAGCAAUGAGGAGCAUCUUCUUCCAGCUUCUCCAAGUGAAAGAGAGAUCGCAGUGCCAGAGGUGAACUGCACUCUGUUUCUACUGGCCGGCUACGUCAAGUACGGCCGUCCCUACGCCUGGAUACGCUCCAACCACGAGCGCCUGGUCAACAUCGGCGGCACGGACUCCAUGGUCAGGGACACGCCCAUGAAGCUGAGGUCCAUCGCCGACUGGCAGACGCGAGGCACUCGUGUGUGGGACGUGGUCAGUGAGUUGGUGUGCCUGUGCACCGUGCCCUCGCCCUCCAACCCCUUCGCCCUGGACAUGCGCUACAUUAAAGGUCUUCCCCUGCCCGACCGCUUCCUGGUCACGGGCGCGCUCCUCGGCUUCCUGGAGACCUACGUGGUCUACGGGAACCGGGACGAGCUGCACUACGACAAAGUGGUGGAGGAGGUGAAGCCUCUCAGGCGUCUCCACGUUCAGGCCCUGCUGGAGUUACAGCGGACGAGGGAGAGCGCCGGGUCGGCCGCCAGCGCCACGGCACGAGACUCGUCCAGAGAGGAGUGACCUCUGACGUACAAAAACAGACGGCAAGGCGGUUUGAAUGUGCAAAACUUCUGUUGGAUUAUGGCCAACUCAUGUCAGAAAUGUCUUAAGAGGAGCAGACAGGCUCUGGAAACCUGUAGUUUGAGGACGGUCACAUGCUUCUAAGGUUUUUUUUUUUUUUUUUCUGAAAACACUGUAGAAAUAACCCUGGGAAAAAAAGUCACAUGACUGAGAUUUAAAAUAACGUCCCAGGACCUCUGAAAGUCUUGCACUGCCACCCCGAAAUCUCAACCUCUCUCCUCCCAACACGGUUAAAAAAAAGGAGAAGCGUUCCUAUUUCCUUCAAGCCAAAUAUAACAUUUUAAAAGCCGGGAAAUAGAAUCAUUAAUCAGGGUCAAAGCUGAAAACUCAAACAGACCCAAACAGAAAGUGACUGUAUAAAAACUUUUAAUUUCUCAUACAAUACAUAUUUAAUUAAAUAUGUACAAGCACAUAAAAAAAAAACAGUACAAUAAUAAAAUACAUCUUAAAAGCAGGCAGAAACAAUCCCUUCUGAGAUGAGAGCUGUGCCUUUGUAACUGCAAACACACGAAAUGUUAAAAUUAACCGAAUGGAACGUCGGUCAAA